CAGCUCCCCACUGCCUUUGCUUCACUCAACCACAAGCUGCCAUGAUAUCGCAGGUUUGCUAUCAUGGCUUUAACUUCGUGGAAAACAUUCGAUUUCUUCGAAGUCAGCCAGGUUAAUCCACCCGACGAUGAGAGCCGGUCCUUCUUCGACAACAAUGAGAUCAGCUGCGUCUGCUCCGGUUCAGAGAGCCUCUUCCUUGGAAGCCAUGAUGGUGUUGUUCGCAUACUCUCCUCUUCCUUCAAGAUCUUGCGAACGUUCCAGGCGCAUGAUACUGGCUCGAUUACGCACAUGAGGCAGGUGGAGGGAACGUCUCUGUUGGUCACAAUCUCGGAAGAUAUUUCCAACGAGCCUGUGUUGAAAGUAUGGGCGUUAGACAAGCCGGUGAAAAAGACUGGGCUCCCGACUUGUCAAUCAACACUUAGCAUCCAGAAUGGGAGGAAACCGUUUCCAAUCUCAGCCUUCACAGCGCUCGAUGAUCUUUCGCAAUUAGCGGUCGGAUUCGCCAAUGGAUCGGUUACUGUCGUACGAGGAGAUUUGGUUCACGAUCGAGGCGCAAGGCAGCGGACAGUUCACGAGUCGGAAGAACCGAUCACUGGAGUUGAAUUCCGAGAAGAGGAUAGACUUACGACCCUCUACAUAUCGACGACUUCCCGGAUUCUGAAACUUGCCAUUUCUGGACGGCAUGGACAAGCUCCAAGAGUCGUGGAGGAGUUGGGCUGUGCAGUGGGUUGUAUGACCCUCGACAAAAGAACUGGGGAUAUUGUAGUUGUUCGGGGUGAUGCGAUAUACUACUAUGGUGUUGACGGUCGAGGCCCAUGCUAUGCGUUCGACGGACCGAAGAGCUUGGUGACCAUUUUUGGGGAUUAUGUUGCCCUUGUCUCUCCGCCAUCAUCGAAUAUCAGUGCUGCUAAAUCGAAUGGACUAAGGCGUUUUGGUGGAGCACAAGCCGAGGAUCUCUUCAACACUUCGACGUUCACUCUGUUAGAGACAGGACUACAUUUUGUUGCGCAUUCGGAAUCGUUGGUAUCGCAAGUCAAGUCUUUAUUCAAGAUAUGGGGAGACUUGUUUGCACUCACCCAGGAUGGCAAGAUUUGGCGAUAUCACGAAAAGCCAUUACAGCAGAGGCUUGAGAUAUUGUAUCAAAGGAAUCUGUUCAAGGACUCCAUAACCUUAGCCCAAAAGUCCGGGAUGGAUGCGCAACAACAAAAUGUGAUAUACCGCAAGUACGGUGACUUUCUGUACCAGAAAGCGGACUACGAUGGCGCCAUGGAGCAAUAUCUCAAAGCCAUUGACAAUACUGAACCAUCACAAGUCAUUCGAAAGUUUCUGGAUACACAGCGAAUUCAUAAUCUGAUCGAGUACCUUGAGGAAUUACAUGAGCAUCACAAAGCUACGGCCGAUCAUACCACCUUACUUCUGAACUGCUAUGCUAAGCUUAAAGAUAUUGGGAAGCUUGAAAAGUUCAUCAAGUCACCUGGUGAUCUCAAAUUUGAUCUAGAUACAGCCAUUUCGAUGUGUAGACAGGGUGGUUACUACGACCAGGCAGCGUACCUGGCAACAAAGCAUGGUGAACAUGAGCUUGUAGUUGAUAUCCUGAUAGAGGACUCCAAACUCUAUCCGGACGCUCUACAAUACAUUUGGCGACUGGAGCCCGAUGCAGCAUAUCCGAACAUGAUGAAGUAUGCGAGAGUCCUCCUAGAGCAUUGUCCCAAACAGACCACGGAACUUUUUGUCCAGUACUUCACUGGGCGAUAUCAAACACAGAAGGAUGUUAUCGUGCCCGCGACAGUCGCUGUACAGCAAGGUUAUGCAGCUGGGGCUGUUACGGCAGUCCAAAAUUUGAGAGACCUAUUACCACUACCCUAUAUGAACACUUCAGCUGUUGCUUCUCCUCUCACCCAAGGCAACAUUGCAGCCACGGUCAGCGACAACCAAAUAGUUGACAACCCGGAGCAGGCACUGGCUCUGAAAUACACUCCCCCUCAGCCUCGUACAGCAUUUUCUUCCUUCGUUGAUCAUCCAGACGAGUUCAUCUUUUUCCUCGAAGCUUGCCUGGAGGAGAAAGAUUUGAAAAAACGAGACCAGAUUGAUCUCUACACCACUUUAUUCGAGAUGUAUCUCCACAAAUCGAACGAAAAGAAAGGUGCCAACAGGGAGGAAUGGGAGGCUAAGGCCAAGAAGCUCAUAUCUGGCAAGGAUAUUCCUAUCGAUACCUCCAACGUUCUUCUACUGUCUCAUCUCUCCAACUUCCGAGAUGGAACAACCCUCGUCCGCGAGCAAGCCGGCCUUCGAUUCGAUAUUUUCCGAUCCUAUACAUCUGCAAAGGACACACAAGGCGCCAUCAAAGCUUUGAAUAAGUACGGACCAGAAGAGCCGCAAUUAUACCCUGCUGCUCUAGCAUAUUUCACUUCCGACCCUCGAAUACUGGAAGAGGCCGGAGAUGAGCUUGGUGCUGUUCUGAAGAAGAUUGACGAAGACGGGCUGAUGGCACCUUUACAAGUCAUUCAGACCCUCAGUACAAACGCCGUGGCAACGAUGGGCAUGGUGAAGACAUAUUUACAGCAGACAAUCGAACGCGAAAGGAAAGAAAUUGCUUCAAAUCGUCGACUUAUCACUUCAUACCGCACCGAGACUGUCGACAAGCGCCAGGAAAUCACCGAACUAUCCACGAAGCCCCAAACUUUCAACAACACACGUUGCUCGUUCUGCGGGUCCCAGCUCUCGUUACCAGCAGUUCACUUCCUAUGCAAGCAUAGUUUUCACCAAACAUGUCUCAACAUGGAGAUUGGGGAAGAUGGGAAUGUGGAAGGCAGCUGUCCGAACUGUAGGAAGGAUAACGAUACCAUUCGUGCGAUCAGGAAAGCUCAAGAUGAGAGUGCUGAUAAACAUGAUAUGUUCCUGGAUGCAUUGGCGCGGAGCAACGAUAAAUUUGGGACCAUUAGCGAGUUUUUCGGAAGGGGGGUUAUGGAAAUUCCUCCAACACUGGAGUAAUAAUCAGUUGAGAAUUUAAUUUACAGUAUACCCAUGAAUCUACCAUUCUAAAGACCGUGACCUGGCCUCUGAGUAAUGUACCAUCCACCUAUUAUGACACGGAGGCCCAUCGAGACGUUCCUCCCUAAGAGAUGCUGCCGAGCACAGCAUGGCUGUGCUAGCUCGAGUCCACAACAGUAGGCACAACCCACAUGUACAACAGUCUCAUUAUUUUGUUGCAUGUCUAAGAUUGCGCCACAUCAGUCAUUAUAGCUAGCUUACCGGUCUUUAUGGGGGCUUCGAUCGUAGAACAAGAACUUCUGGGAAGCUACCGGAGCCUGAUGCUAGUGGAGUAGCGUUUGUACACUCCUCAUCCGAUUCGAAUCUGGUCCCUGGGAUUCUGCAUGACUGGAGUCAAGGAAUAAUAGUCGCAUGAGUUUUCCACUAAGAGUAAUGAGAAGAGAUUUUGUCGCCAGACAGAUGUAUAAUUCUGCCUGUGAACAUUGCGGAUGAUAUCUCGCGUCCAGUGGACUUAGUGAACCAAGACUGCCGUCGGGGAAUCCUAGACUUAGCAUGUAUUAGUUGCGGAAAGGACUAUUUAGCUUGAUUUUAACAGUCAGAAAGUUCUAGCGUAGCUCCUAACCAUAGAUACAAGUAGACGCUAAGUAUCAUGUACCAAGAGAGGUAGUCCUACUCCCUACGCUAAGCACUUAGUGAUAUCCGAAAAGGAAAUCGUGAGAAUGAUGGCACCAAACCGUACCAAGAGCCGGUCAAAAUAGAAAUGGCAGUCCAAAUUGCAAUUCGAGUGUUAUAUUAACACGGCCUAUCCGCUG